AUGCCAGCCAGACUUCUCCAAACCCUGGCGGGUUUGCACGGCGCAUCAGCAAAAGCUCGCCAGUGCCAGAAACUUACUCAGCUUACAUUAAGACCACUUACAACACUUGAGCGCACAGCAUGCCGGGCCGCCCUGACAGUACAGCGGCGUGUAAACUCAUUCCUUCCUAGUCUAACCACUGACAGUUUGAAGAAGGCAAAGUUCCUGGAAAUGAGCCUGACAGAAGCAAACACAAGCAGACUCUUUCCACUAAAUGCCGUCUAUUGUCAGGAUGGACAGGCACACCUGUCAACCACGUGCCCCUUUGGGACUCACAGGACCAUGACCCACAAACCAAACUUCUUGUGUUCUCGGUGGUUUAUAGAAACAAUAAAAAGGCUUUACUCGUCUGUGUCAACUGAAACACUUGUGCCAAAACAAGACCUCCCGCAGAUCAAGAGGCCGCUAAAAGCAUCCAGGACCAGGCAGCCGUCCAGGACCAACCUUCCAGACCUGUCUGUGAAUGAGGACCUGAUGCAGUGCACAGCAUUUGCAACAGCAGAUGAAUAUCACCUGGGAAGUCUGUCUCAAGAGCUGGUCUCCUGUGGCUAUGUGGAAGUGACAAGCCUGCCUAGAGAUGCAGCAAAUAUUUUGGUGAUGGGUGUAGAAAAUUCUGCAAAAGAAGGUGAUUCCGGAACAAUAUUCUUGUUCAGGGAAGGAGCUGCUGUGUUCUGGAACGUAAGAGACAAAACUAUGAAGCACGUGAUGCAAGUUCUAGAGAGACACGAGACCCAGCCCUACGAAGUGGCUCUGGUUCACUGGGAGAACGAAGAGCUGAACUACAUAAAAAUAGAGGGACAAUCUAAACUGCAUAGAGGGGAGAUCAAGCUAAAUUCUGAACUGGACUUAGAUGACUCCAUUCUAGAAAAAUUUGCUUUCUCCAAUGCUCUUUGCCUCUCGGUGAAACUGGCUAUUUGGGAAGCAACACUAGACAAAUUUAUUGAAUCUAUUCAGUCAAUUCCAGAGGCAUUAAAGGCUGGAAAGAAAGUUAAACUGUCCCAUAAAGAAGUUAUGCAGAAAAUGGGUGAGCUCUUUGCCCUCAGGCACCGCAUAAACUUGAGUUCAGACUUCUUGAUCACUCCCGACUUCUACUGGGACAGAGCGAACCUGGAGGAGCUCUAUGACAAGACCUGCCAGUUUCUCAGCAUUGCACGACGAGUUAAGGUCAUGAAUGAAAAACUUCAACACUGCAUGGAACUAACAGACCUAAUGCGGAAUCACCUGAAUGAGAAGCGGGCGCUCCGCCUGGAGUGGAUGAUAGUCAUCCUCAUCACCAUCGAGGUUAUGUUCGAGCUGGGAAGAGUCUUUUUCUGAUGUUGAGAGUGAAAGAACCACUGGAGGAGAUAAUUCAAGUUCUGCAACCCAAAAAUCUGUAUUCACUACUGGGUUACUCAUUAUGCAAUCAAUCUUUAAUCCUUUAAAUCAAGCAACUGUCAUGGGCAUGGGCCACACACCUGUAAUCCCAGAAAGCUGGACACUGCCGCAGAAGUUCAUGAGUUCCAGCCUAGUCUUGGCUACAUAAGGAAACCCAGCUGAGACUUUGGUGCCCACCAAUCCCACCACUUGGAAAGCAGAGGCAGGGGCCUGUCCAAGUUUGAGGCCAACUAUAACACAGCAGGAUUCUGUCUCAGAAUAAAACAAGCUGUCACAAU